AUGGAUAAAUCUAAUAGAUUGAAAAAUGAAUUGUUUGACGAAGAGAAACAACGACAACAAUCUCUUAUUACUAGGUUCGAAAAGAUUGAAGUGAAUUUGGAGAAACCUUUUCCUGAUGGUGAAGAUUAUGUACUCAUGAUGAAUGCCAAUAUAUCUACGCCGCACGAGUGUGCCAAUCACAUUCAUCAGAUUCUCAAACAGCGAUCAGCAUUGGCUUUGGUUAACGGGAAUGAAUAUUGGGAUAUGCAUCGACCAUUAGUGCAAUCCUGUAAUCUAACAUUACUGCAUUUCAAACACGAUGAUUGUAUGCCAGUCAAUUAUGCAUUCUGGAGAAGUUGUUCAAUGCUUUUGGCUAGUGUCAUACCUAAAGCUUUUCGCGAUGAAUAUAAAGUACACAUUAUCUCGAAACCUGUGGCUGAUCUGACUGGUGGAAGUUUUAUUUGUGAUGUUGAGGUUGAAAAUCUAACCGAUUGGAAACCGACUUCUCAAGAAAUACAAUCCAUAACAUCAUUGCUUUGGGAUGAAACGGUCAAAGCUCAUAGAUAUGAACGAAUACAAGUAUCGGCCGAAGUGGCAUCAAAAUUAUUUGCCGAUAAUUUCCAUCGUUUGUCAGAGCUUGAAAAAUUAACCGAACAAGAUGCCAAUCGUCAAUUUACUAUAUACCGUUGUGGUCAAUACAUUGAAUUAAGUGAUGGACCAAUGAUUGCCGAUACUAGUCAAAUCGGUUUUAUUUAUUUAUCGGCCAUACAUCCAUUGAAGAAAAAAGAUGGAUCUAGAUUCUAUCGAUUUCAAGGAAUUGCAAUGCCUAAACAAUUAAAUAUUAAUCCAUUUGCUUUUUCACUUAUACGUGAUCGUUCUAAACGCCUUAAAUCCAAUAUUAUCCCGAAGGAUUCGAAUAUAAAAAAUAAAUCUAGUAGCAGUAGCAUUAAUGAAAAUAGUAGUGGUAAUCAUAAUAAUAAAUUAGAAAAACGAAUUAAUGAUAUUGAAAAAGAAAAAAUUAUGGAUGAACUAUUUUAUGAUCCUGAUGAAGAUGAUUCAAAUCAACAAUGGAUGGAUAGAAAAAAAUUUCUAUAUGAAUCACGAAUAAAAUCAUCAUCAUCAUCGGAUACAAAUGUUAAUAAAAAUGUUGAUGAUGAUGAACAACGGAAACGUAAAUUACAAUCGGAAACAAAGCUAAAAAAACCACGUACCAAUGAUGCAACAUUAAAUUGUCCAUGUUGUUUAUCAUUAUUAUGUUUAGAUUGUCAACGACAUGAAAUCUAUAAAACACAAUAUCGUGCUAUGUUUGUUCAAAAUUGUCGUAUUGAUUAUGGAAAAAAAUUAUUUAUCAAAAAUAAAGAUGAAAUACGGAAAAGAUUUCAGAAACGUAAAAAACGACAACAACAAUCUGAACAACAGGAAUCUGAAAAUGAACAUUCAUUUUCAACCUUAACAACAAACGAUCAAUAUUAUCCUGUACAUUGUAAUAUAUGCAAUACACAAGUGGCCGUUUAUGAUCUUGAUGAAGUAUAUCAUUUUUUUUCAGUAAUUGCUAGCCAUUAACAAUAAAAAGAAUAAAAAGAAAUCAGCAAUUUUUUCUUAUUUUCUCUUAUUAAUGAAUAUGAUGAUGAAUUGAUAUGAUAGUUAACACGCACAACCUAAUUUUUUUGGAUACAA